GAUCUCCCAAUGGCAACCAUCGAAGCCCAGGAACUCAGAAGGAUGAUUAGGCGCUUUCGAGUUCUGAUCGUGGGGAGAGCAAACGCAGGCAAAACGACCAUCCUUCAGAAGGUUUGCAACACCACGGAUCAACCAGAAAUUUACGAUACCAAAGGAAACAAGAUCAAUACUGCCAUCGUCAAAUCAUCGAUUAAGCGUGGAAGUCACAACAUCGCAAACGAGAUGGUCUUCCAGAGCAAUCCUACUUUUGUCUUUCACGACUCAUGUGGGUUCGAAGCGGGAUCUGAAGAAGAAUUCGAGAGCAUGAAGGAAUUUAUUGCAGAACGCGCACAUGCAAUGAAAAUAGAGGACCGAAUUCACGCUAUCUGGUAUUGCAUUCCGAUGGACGACCAUUGUCGAACAUUCCAGUGGUCAGAAGAGAAGUUCUUCCGGGAGUGCGACACCGGGCACGUUCCUGUCAUCGUGGUGUUCACCAAAUUCGAAGCUCUGCGUCCCGUCGCAUAUGGGGAAAUCAAGAAGGAGCUACAAGGGGUAUCGGCCAAAGACCGCUCAAAGAGGAUUGCCGAGGGCGUAGAGGAACUAUUUACUAAGACAGGAGUUUUGGAUCAGUUGUGCAACCCCGAAAACCGUGCGCGUCCCAAGUCCCAUGUACGCUUGCAGAAAAUGAACUAAACGGAUACAAACUGCAACAUUCUACUGGAACACACCACUUUCACACUAGACGAUGAAGAGUUGCGGUUGUGCUUGGUGUCGACACAAAAAUCAAACCUGGAGCUUUGCAUCAAGUGCCCCACCACAACGCUCGUGGAUCGUGCAGAAAAGCAAAUCAAUGAUGAAC